UCUUUUUGUGACUUCAGAAGACGAAGAAGAUACAAAGCGUGGCGGCUCUAAACUCAAAAUUCCUCCUCCCAAAUUCCCAAAUUACCCUCUCUUUUAUUUUUCUAAUACCCUAAAUAAUGAGUUCUUGAUUCCAAAGAGUCGUCCAUUGGGUUUCUCGUAAACCAGAGAGAUACUCAUUAGGAAGAAAAUCAGACAAGGAGAAACUCUUUUUGUCAUCUCUUGUUUGUUGGUGAGUCUUGUGUUGACUAUAAUCCGACCAAUUUUGAUCUUUGUUUGACUUCUGAUCAACUUCUCAACUUCGUAAUUGCAGGGCUUGAAGAUGAGGCGUGAGUGUCCAUGGCUAUGGAAAGUCGAAAGCAGACGGCUUCUAUGGCUAUUGGGACUCACAUUUGCUCUCAUUGUUACCUUUCAAUACAUCGAGCUACCUUACGCUAUCUCAUCCAUAUUUUCUUCCACCAAGAUUCCCAUUUCAAGAAACUCAACUUCACUUAUAGGUGACUCGACUUCCGCUAUGGCGCCGAGUCCCCUGGGAGAUGAUGAAGAAGUUGAGGUUGAUCAGAUUUUCGAUAGUACCGUGAAUUCCUCUGCCCCCGCCAUUUCGCCUAUUACCGCUACAUUACCGCCUUUACUGCCUGCUCCUAGUGCAAAGUCUCCGGCUGCAUUACCUGGUUUAAACCCGUCUUUAGUAAAGGAAAAUGCAACCUCGCCUGCUCCUAGUGCAAAGCCCCCAGCUGCAUUACCUGGUUUAAACCCGUCUCUGGUAAAUGCAACCGCGCCUGCUCCUAGUGUAGAGGCCCCAGCUGCAUUACCUGAUUUAAAUCCGUCUUUGGUAAAGGAAAAUGCAACCGCGCCUGUGGCUAGUGCAAAGGCCCCGGUUGCAUUACCUGGUAUAAACCCGUCUCCGGUAAAGGAAAACGUAACAUUGCCUACCACUAGCAAGGUACCGGAAAGGAAUCCAACUAAGAAAAAUGUUGGUGAUGCUUCUUCUAUUGUCAGAUUUGUUCCUGAUGUAAAAGAGAACGCGAAAAUGCCUGCUUCCGGGGUGAUGUCAAUAUCCGAUAUGAGCAAGCAGUUGCGUCAAAACCGUAUUUCUCAUAAUCGUCUAGCAAAGAAACCAAAAUGGGUUACUAAACCUGACUUAGAGCUUUUACAAGCAAAAUAUGAUAUCGAGAAUGCACCGAUCGAUGACAAAGAUCCUCUCCUAUACGCUCCUCUUUAUCGCAAUGUUUCCAUGUUCAAAAGGAGCUAUGAGUUGAUGGAGAAAAUUUUAAAGGUUUAUGCUUACAAAGAAGGAAACAAACCAAUAAUGCAUAGUCCAAUACUUAGAGGGAUUUAUGCAUCAGAAGGCUGGUUUAUGAACAUUAUUGAAUCCAACAACAACAAAUUUGUCACAAAGGACCCUGCAAAAGCUCAUCUUUUCUAUCUACCCUUCAGUUCCCGGAUGCUUGAGGUGACUCUAUAUGUUCAGGACUCCCACAGUCACCGCAAUCUUAUUAAGUAUCUAAAAGACUAUAUAGACUUCAUUUCUGCUAAAUACCCUUUUUGGAAUCGAACUUCCGGUGCCGAUCAUUUUCUUGCCGCCUGCCACGAUUGGGCUCCAUCGGAGACGCGGACGCAUAUGGCGAAGAGUAUAAGGGCGUUGUGCAACUCGGAUGUCAAAGAAGGCUUUGUCUUUGGAAAGGACACAUCUUUACCAGAAACUUACGUUAGAGAUCCCAAAAAACCCUUAAGUAACAUGGGUGGAAAGUCCGCGAACCAAAGGCCGAUACUUGCUUUCUUCGCUGGGAAACCCAACCACGGGUACCUCAGGCCAAUCCUUCUCUCCUACUGGGGUAACAACAAAGAUCCCGACUUGAAAAUAUUCGGUAAACUUCCGCGGACUAAAGGAAACAAGAACUACCUUCAGUUCAUGAAGACGAGCAAGUACUGCAUUUGCGCCAAAGGCUUUGAAGUGAACAGCCCGAGAGUGGUAGAGGCCAUUUUCUAUGAUUGUGUUCCGGUCAUCAUAUCUGAUAACUUUGUCCCGCCCUUUUUCGAGGUUUUGAACUGGGAAUCAUUUGCGAUUUUUAUACCGGAGAAAGAUAUCCCGAAUUUGAAGAAGAUUCUCAUGUCGAUACCAGAACGCCGGUACCGGUCAAUGCAAAUGAGAGUGAAGAAAGUGCAGAAGCAUUUUCUGUGGCAUGCAAAGCCAGAGAAGUAUGAUAUGUUCCAUAUGAUUCUUCAUUCGAUUUGGUAUAACCGAGUUUUCCAAAUUUCUGUUUAAAAAUUUUGUCCAACAAUUCAAUGUACAUUUCUUACAGAUAAAAUUUCUGAGUAAACUCAAUUUACAAAAAAACUA